AUGGCACAUCAACCAACACAAGCUGCUAUGUUUAGGGAUUUGUUGAGAGCUGUGCAAGAUCUUGGUAGGCAGCAAAUGCAAGCGCCUUCUCAAAAUGCACAAACUAACUCUAACACUACAAGCUCAGUCGUGGAACAAUUUCCUUGUUACAAGCCCCCUAGCUUUAAUGGGAUGGCUGGCCCUUUGGCAGUUGAAGAAUGGAUAAGGGGUUUGGAACGGAUCUUCAAGCAUCUCUCCUACACUGAUUCCCAAAAAGUUUUAUGUACGGAGUUUAUGCUAGUUGAUGCAGUGGGACAUUGGUGGGAGUCUGUUUCACGCAUUAGGACUAAGGCACAACAAUGUAACCUCAUUUGGGCACGUUUUGAGAAGGAGGUGAUGGCAAAUUAUUUUCCACAAGCCUUGAGAGACCGUAAGGAGACAGAGUUUCUGCAACUUAAGUAG